AUGGGAGCAUACAAGAGCAGUGUGGGUAAUAAGAAGAAUGUAGAGCUUGAUGAUAGUACUAAGAAGAUGUUCCAGUAUUCGGUGGAACGAUGGGUGUUUGACCGAGAAUGAACGGACGAGGUGGCAUAAAGUCCAUUUUCUCUUCUUUCGAAAUGGAGUAAAAGUCUAGUACCUUAUGACAUAUAUCAUCUAUUAAGCUAUUCGAUAAGUUUGCUAUAUAUUCAUUCCACCAGCAGUCUGGGAGACCGAUGUUGACUUUACGAACGGUAAUGGCAAGGUGAAGAAGAGCUACGGCGAUCACCUUGAAAGGCAGAACUUAAUGAAUAUGACAAGAAGAUAUUUGUUUACUGGAUGUCAGGACUACCUGGGGUUCCCAAAUCAAGCACAAUGUCGUAAAGGCACUGUCAUUGACGAAAGUCCAUGAAGUGUGAACAAGAGAGUUGAUCUCCGUUUUAGUGAGUUUGAAUUUUUUCGAGUAAUCAAUAAGAUACUGGUAGGGCAAGUCAACUUGAAGAUCGAAUUUCAUAGUCUGUAACAGAACACGCUCGAUGCCCAUGAUUUCAUCGACAAAUGUAUUCCUAUUCUUGUUUCCAUAAACAGUAGGAAAGACGUUUUGAGCAGCAGUCACAAUAUCCUUACACUUUUUCGGAGUUUCCGACACUUUUCCAGCAAGAAAUAGACAACCCAUGGCGACAAUCUCACGGGGAAAUUCUUGAAGCGUGUGGAACAUGUAGAAGCGGUGGAAGUAGAUUGAGGCUGUUCCUAUAG